AUGGAUGACUUCCACCGCCGGCUUCGGCACCUUCGGAAUAUUGCUGCACGUAACAUCAUCAGUAAGAAUGGUUAUCGCCUCUUGGACACGUACUUCACUCUCCACCUGUGUGAUAACACCAAGAUAUACAAAGAAUUUUAUAAGAGUGAAGUGAUCAAGAAUUCUCUGAAUCCAACCUGGAGGAGUUUGGACUUUGGAAUAAUGCCUGAUCGUCUCGAUACGUCUGUCUCGUGUUUCGUUGUGAGGAUCUGGGGUGGCAAGAAGGAGCACUUCCAGCUUCUGAUCGAAUGGAAGGUCAAUCUGGAUGGAUUGAAGUACUUGGGACAGCAGAUACAUGCAAGAAACCCAAACGAGAUUAUUUUUGGUCUCAAUGAUGGUUAUUAUGGAGCUUCAUAUGAACAGAAGGAUCACUCAGGUACCCUGAAGAACAGCCUUCUCCAGGUGGAUCAGAACUGUGUUCGUAACUCUUACGAUGUCUUCUCUUUGCUUAGGCUUCACAGAGCCCAGUGUGCAAUUAAACAGACUCAGGUAACCGUUCAGAAAAUAGGAAGGGAAAUAGAAGAAAAGCUGAGACGCACAUCUACAAGCAAUGAACUGAAAAAGGAGAGUGAAUGUUUACAGUUGAAGAUCCUGGUGCUACGUAAUGAACUGGAGAGGCAGAGGAAGGCCCUUGGUCAAGAAGUAGCUUUGUUACAUAAGGAAAAGAAUACUUUACAUGACAAAGGAAAUGCAUUUGAGACUGAGUAUCAGAAGCAUCAAGAACGUAAUGAAUCCCUGCAUGAAUUAAGAAAAGAAUGCACUGCAAAGAGAGAACUGUUUCUGAAGACCAACGCCCAGCAGACUAUUCGAUGCAAGCAGUUGCUCUCAGAGCUUUCCUACAUCUACCCUAUCGAUCUGAAUGACCAAAAGGAUUACUUUGUUUGUGGAGUCAAGCUUCCAAACUCUGAAGACUUUCAAGCAAAAGAUGAUGGAAGCAUUGCUGUCGCCCUGGGCUACACCGCUCAUUUGGUUUCAAUGAUAUCCUACUUCUUACAAGUGCCCCUCAGGUAUCCCAUAAUUCACAAGGGCUCCAGGUCUACAAUCAAAGAUAACAUCAACGACAAACUGACAGAGAAAGAGAGAGAAUUUCCUUUGUACCCAAAAGGAGGAGAGAAGCUUCAGUUCGAAUAUGGAGUGUAUCUUCUCAACAAAAAUAUAGCACAGCUUAGGUAUCAACAUGGGCUGAGUACUCCAGAUCUAAGGCAAACUCUUCCUAACCUGAAAAAUUUCAUGGAGCUUGGGCUCAUGGUCAGAUGUGAUCGACACCAUACAUCCAGUGCAAUUCCCGUUCCAAAGAGGCAGAGCUCUAGCUUCGGCAGAUUGGAUGUUGGCUUUUCCAGUGGGCUUCCUUCUCCAGAUAAAGGACUCCGAAAACGAGCUAGCACGGGAAACGAGAGACUGCAGUACAAAACUCCUCCUCCUAGUUACAACUCUGCUUUAACGCAGCCUGUAGCCAUUGCAGCCCAUGUGGGAGGAUUAGAUAAAAAGCCCGGAUCCAUAUCUUCUUCCCUCGACACCUCCAUGGACUCCUCAAAAGGAAAUAAGAAAGGAGAGGACUUGUGUGGCAGUUUAAACGGAGAAAACGGGAGCCUAACCGAUACCCAAGACCAGCAGGAGUCUUUCCUAGGACAUACUAGUGCAAUAAAUGGGGCGUUGCUGCCCGGUGAGUGUUCCAGCACCAUAAGCAGCGAGCAGCCUUGUGAGCUUCGGCCCUCGCUCGGCCCCGUCCUUUGCUGCACUGUGGAGCAAGCAGAGGAAAUAAUGGGGAUGGAAGCGACAGGGUUCAGCACGGGAGAUCAGCUAGAAGACUUUAACUCCAUCCCGGUGGAGCACGCCGUGGCAGUGGAGUGUGAUGAACAGGUCCUGGGGGAGUUUGAGGAGUUCUCUCGGAGGAUCUAUGCACUGAAUGAAAACAUGUCCAGCUUCCGCAGGCCGCGCAAAAGUUCGGACAAGUGAGCUGGGACAGGGAUUUGAUAGCGGACACUGGGGUGAAAUCAGCGAUCUGGAAUAGAGAUACAAUUGCACUUAUUCUUUAUAUUAAUUAUAUAUAUAUAUAUAUAUAUAUAUAUAUAAAGCUAAAGCUAUUCCAAUGGUGUUAGGACAAACAGACUUGUUACUGAGCACGAUAACACAGGAUCAUGGUAUAUUCACAGCCCAGGUAAAUUCUGAUUCUGCUUCCAGUCCUCUUGUGUCUGGUAUUUAUAAUCUGUUGGGUUUUGUGGGUUUUUUUUAGGCGGUGGAGUCCAUUUGUAAGCGCUUUCCUGGAAAAAAAAAAACUUCAAGUGCUGAUCUGGCCCUCCUACGUGUAUUUGUUUUCUUAAUUAUUAUUUAGAAUUAAACUUAUUUUAAUCUUAUCAGAAGGAAAAAAAAAAAAAGAAGUUAAUUUAAAAAUACGAUUGUGAUCAGAGCUCUUCAUGUCUCGCAUGUACUCCUGUGCUUCCUUGAGCAAUGCAGUCGGUGGGACAGAGAUGCCAGGAAUUAGCCAUAGUCAGACAGCUUUCUCUUGGCUGCACUGUGCUGUUGUGGAAGUUUGCACUGAUGGGCCUUCAGCUGGUGGUGUGCACUUGCCAGAGAGAGAGCACCUGAGGUUUCCCUGUGCCUGAUUCAUCAUGUUUCCUCCUUUCCUCCACUCUCAGUCUUCCUUCUGGUAGAGCCCGUGAGGACCCAAUCACCUCUAAGGUUUGUUAGAAAAAUCUCGUGUCUCAUUCUCCAUUUAACUUCAUUAUCUCCAAGCUAAUCAGCAGAAACCUAACGAGCGUACGGUGUGAGUGGGGUUCACCCAACAUGCUCAGUGCUUGGAAUUAGGCAAACUUGUGGAAUCACUCUGCCCUCCUGUAGAAGGGAGGCACUUGGCAUAAUUCAUUAAUAUCCCUUUAGCUGGACCAUCCGUGUGUUAAGGAAGAGCCUUCUGGCUUUGGUUGGAGCUUUGUUGUGGGGCUGCUCACCCCUGGCACAUGUGUUUGGCUAACUAAUGGGAAAGCCAUUAGGAGCCCAUUUUGUGAUUCCUGCUAUUAUUUGAGUUUGGAUUCCAUUGCUCUUGCUUUCUAUAUUGCAUGACCAAGAAUUCAGGCUUGGUCACGAGCUCUCAAAUAUAAAAUACAGCUUCAUCAUGCCUGGCUUUUUUGUUUUCCUCCUGGUCCGUGCAUUUUUUUGAACCAAUGACCUACUCUCUCUCCUAACAUCACCAUAAGGCUAGUCUAAAUUAACUUCUUAAAAUGUGGGUGUGUAUAAUCUCAACUAUCUGUUGUCAAAGCAAGAUGUGUACACGAGAACCAAUAUACACAAUAGCACCAUUCUAGAAUAUUCAUUUCCCAGGUAACACUUUAAUGACUGUAUUAAAACUGUAUUCACAUUUCUUCUCUUAGCUUUAACAGUUGUGUCUACCACUGAGUUGUUGGACUGGGUUGUGCCUACCAUGAACUGUUGGAUUGGGCUGUGCCUACCAUGAAUUGUUGGUUUGGGCUGUGCCUACCAUGGAUUGUUGGAUUGGGCUGUGCCUACCAUGAACUGUUGGAUUGGGCUGUGCCUACCAUUGAGUUGUUGGACUGGGUUGUGCCUACCAUGAACUGUUGGAUUGGGUUGUGCCUACCAUGAAUUGUUGGAUUGGGUUGUGCCUACCACUGAGUUGUUGGUUUGGGUUGUGCCUGCCAUGAGUUGUUGGAUUAGGCUCUGCCUACCAUGAAUUGUUGGAUUGUGUUGUGCCUACCACUGAGUUGUUGGAUUGAGCCUUUCUGCUGAAUCAUUUCUUUGGUCUGUCUCAGCAAGGUGGAAGCACUCAGAAGCAGAGACCGCGUUUUUGUAAUGCAUUGUUGCAAACUCAGGCAUGAAUUUGGACACAUCCAUGAGUAUCUUCUCCCCUGAAUAAACUCUUCUGUUGAAACCUUGUGGAAAACAUCCAUAAAGGCUUAACGCACUGCCAUCAUCUUUGAGAAGGAAUAAGUAGGGAAUUCUCACUGUACUUUGGUGCACUGAGAGCCGGAAUUGAAUCCCCAAAGCCAACACAGCGCGUUCUUACUGAGGUGGGCAGAAGAUCCUCUAAUUGUUCCUUGCUAACUUCUGUUAGCAGUUCAAUUUUAGCCAAAAUUCAGUACUGUUGAGUCAGUUGGGCACACCGAAGGGUGAAAUCCGGCACAGUUGAAGCAGUACAGAGUGGAUUGUGGUCACACUAGUUGUCUUUUAUCACGAUGACAGUAGUUUGUGUAUGAUGGUGACUUUUCAGAGCAACCCAAAGAGUAGUUGUGAAGUCGCAGUGUUCCGUAGGCAAACACAGAGCGUCUCAGAGCAAUUAGGCGACGUGUAAUUAGGUUUGUAGAGCAUCAGUGGGACUUCAGAUUUUGUUUGUUAGUUGCACAUUUUCUCAGGUGGCACCCAACCAAAUGAAGCUUAUUUUUCUCGCGUUGCUGUUCCCGUUGGAGCCCUGGAAUUGUUAGUGUGUCAAAUACAACGGUUGAUUUCUGCAUCUAUGUCACAUAGCUUCUCUGGGCUUUCUAUGGAUGUAUCUUUCAUAGACCUUGAAUUGCUCCCAGGCUUAUUUGCCAUUUUUACCACUUUUAUAUAGAGGGUGUGAAGGGGGGGACAACAUUGUAGGGCUAAUUAAGGCAUCGGCCAACAUCUUUGCUAUGGAGGAUGGGAGGAUUGUACAGACUGCAGCUUCUUUUUGUGAUUUUAUUUUCUUCCCCGGUAAAUGACUUUGAAAAUGGCAUAGUGGGAGGGAAACAAAGAGCAAGUUGGAAGGUGAGAAGAUAUAUCACAGUGUGCUUUAAACUGUCAGGAGCCUUUCAGUUCCUGCACAGCUGUGACACUGUUAAAUGCCUGUGAAUGUCUUCAAGUGGAGAAAACAUUUCAUUGCAAUCUUAUCCCCCUCACUAGGAACUCCUAAGAUUUUUUUGAGAAUAUUAGUUUUGGAAGAUCAUAUCCCACUCUAUUUUUAUAGCGAGCACAACAGCAUUGGCUUCUCCUUGCUUGACCAGGUAUUUAAAACAAACCAAUACAAAGUAUCCCAUAGUCAGUGACACAUUAAAACUAUCUUGGUAAUUGCGGGAAAGCUCAUCUGUAUUUAUAAAAUAAAACUGAUUAGUAUCACUCAGAA